AUGCCAAAGAUUCGUACCCUUGGAGAUCGUGCCAGUGACCAGGAGAGCGGAAGCGAUGACGACGAUCAGAACCGCCAAGGCUUUUACGUCGGCGGUUCGGAGCACAGCGGUCAACAAGUUCUGGGCCCCCCUGGACGUGGUGGACGCGAUCGUGACUUCGCUGCCUCAUUCUUCGAUGCGGCGCAGCGGGCCGGCGCCGAGGCUGUGACAGGCGAGGAUGCCGGUCGAGAUGAAGUCGGCGGGCCACAGAUGCAGGAGGUUCGCAUGUACAUGUGGACUAAUGGCUUUUCCAUCGAUGAUGGUCCACUGCGCUCUUUUGAAGACCCGGCGUCGCGUACCUUUUUGGAGAACAUUAUGCAAGGCCGUAUCCCAGCCGAGCUUCGCGAUUUGCAUCCCGGCAAGCAGGUUGAUUUGCGCAUGGAGCGGAAGACGGAAGAGUAUCGCGCGCCGAAGCCGAAGCCGUUUGGGGGAGCCGGACACCGUCUUGGAGCCGUGGUACCCGACGUCGUCGUUGCGACGAGCAGUGCGGCAAGCUCGUCUACUGCCAAACCGGCAGAGGACCAUACUGCUGCUGCCCAGGCUGAAGUCGGUUUGGAAGAGGGCGCUCCGAUCUCACAGAUCCAAGCCCGCCUCCCGAGUGGCAACCGCGUUGUCGGACGCUUCAACCACACCCACACCGUCGGCACAGUCCGCACCUUCCUCGUCAGCGCCGUCCCGGAAUUGGCCUAUUCUCCAUUCCAGCUGAUGACCACUUUCCCGAACAAGGUUAUUGAGGACGAAACGUUGACUCUCAAGGAUGCGGGUCUCAUCAACGCGGUCGUCGUCGUCAAGAAUAUUGCC